AUGCGCCGCCGGAGGAACCUGCUGCUAAUAUUCAACAACAGCGCGGUCAUACCGUUCAAGUGGCGCGGCCGGUACCUAUGCUUCUACUGCAGCAAAGACCUGGCCGAGUACACGGAGCUGAGGCGGCACACCACCGCGCACGGGGACUGCUCCAUCGGGGACCAUUCGAUGAAGGUCCUGAAGGGCGGUCAGAACAUGGAGGUCAAGGUGGACGUGUCGGACCUGAGUUGCCGUGCGUGCGGGCUGCCCCAAACGACCCUGGACGCUCUACUGGACCACCUGGGCGCCGCACACCAGCUGCAGUACGACAGGACCGUCGACAUGGCGAUAGAGGAAUACAGACUGGCGGACCUCAAGUGCCUGUCGUGCGAAGCGACAUUUACUUAUUUCGGAUACCUAGUGUCGCACGUGAACAGCACCCACCCGAAGAACUGCCUGAUAUGCGACAGCUGCGACCAGAGGUUCAACAAGAAACGGGACCUGUUCUCGCACAUGAAGAACUACCAUCGCGAAGGCGGUUACACCUGCGAACUGUGCCCGAUGAGCUUCCCCUCCCUAAACGUAUUGAGGAAGCACAAGAGCAACCGCCACAUCACUCGCUGUGAGGUCUGCCAGCUGAGGUUGCCGUCGGCCGCCCUCAAGCAGAAGCACAUGAACAUGGAGCACCCGGAUAACGGAUCGCUGCAGUGCGACAACUGCUCGAAAGAGUUCCACACAAGACAGGGGCUUAGGAUGCACUCGCGAAAGUGCAAAGGCCUCUGCGACGAGCAGGCUGUCGUAAAACGCGAACCGCCAGGCGUGAUGGACCUGGACGACGGUAUCGUCGACACCACACGAAGGCCGAGCGUGAAGCGCAUCCGCGAGAACAUCGUCACCGUGAUCAACAUGUCAACAGCGCUCCCGUUCAACUUCUACAAGAACAAGUUUAACUGCUUCUAUUGCUCUAUGGACUUCGACGAUUCGGACUCGAUGCGCGCCCACACCGUAGCCGAGCACCCCGUGUGCGACGUAAAGCAAAAGUGCAUAAGGAAGUGCCGCGAGUCGGUCGCGUGCGUGAAGAUAGACGUGUCCGAGCUCGCGUGCAAGCUCUGCUCCCGUCCGCUGGACGGGUUCGAUGAGCUGAUCGAUCAUCUGACUUCGGUGCACGGCGCCGACUACGACAGGUCGAUCACGGGCUGCCUGCAGCCGUACCGCCUGUCCGGGGAGCGGGUCCCGUGCCCCCUCUGCCCCGAGCAGUUCCGCUUCUUCGGCACUCUGCUGAAGCACAUGAACUCGGCGCACGCUGGCAACCGGCUGAUAUGCGCGCACUGCGGCCGCGCCUUCGGCCGCGAGCAGAACCUUCGCGUGCACGUGUGGCGGCACCACGCCGCGGGCCGGUUCCGCUGCGCCGCGUGCGCCCUCGACUGUGGCACGCCGUCCGCCCUCUACGCGCACAUGGCCAAGGCGCACGGCGCGCGAACCGCCAAGUGCCCCCAGUGCCCGGAGGCGUUCGCGACGCAGCACUCGCGCCAGAGGCACCUUAUAGACGCGCACGGCUCGGGCCACAGGUGCGCCCACUGCGGGAAGCUGUUCACGCGCGCCUCGUUCGCCCGCGACCACGCGCUCCGCACGCAUCUGAAGGUGAGGGACGCCGUUUGCGCGGUGUGCGGCGCGCGCUUCUUCAACGGCGCGCUGCUGCGGCGCCACAUGCGGCGGCACGGCGGCGCGGGGGAGCCGGGAUCGGGGGACGGAGGGGGUGGGUUCGGGUGCGCGGUGUGCGGGGAGAGGUUCCGGUGGCGGCGAGGGCUGAGGGCGCACGCGACGGGGCACUGUUCGGCGCCCGCUGGAGCGGUUGCGGUGGGGGUG